AUACAGAGCCACAAGGAACGCGAGGCCGGCGUCAGCUCGCGCGCGAAGCCCAGCGUGCGGGGUGACGUACGUUUUGUCAGGCUGAAUGGGCUGUGUGCGCCUCAGCUGGAAGCGCGUGUAGACCGCGGAGGAGGCUCCCGGAAGACUCCUUUCUCUGUGGAAGUUCUAAUGGCUGGCAUGACGCUCGGAAGGGCUUGGCGACAGAUGUCUUGGUUCUAUUACCAGUAUCUGCUGGUUACCGCUCUCUACAUGCUGGAACCCUGGGAGAGGACUGUCUUCAAUUCCAUGUUGAUUUCCAUUGUUGGAAUGGCAUUAUACACUGGAUAUAUCUUCAUGCCUCAACAUAUCUUGGCAAUAUUACAUUACUUUGAAAUUAUACAGUGAAUACAAUGUGCUCAAGAAGCAACAGACCAGAGAUCCAUUGAAAGGAAGAAGCAAUCUCCCUUGGUUAAAAUGAGACUUCAGCAGAUUCCAGACAUAUGUUAUUAAUAUAAAGACUAAAUUCCAUAUUAGUAGGACAAAGAAGCGAUUUUGACUCAUGUGUUGUAUUCAUUAUUCAAAUAUUCCCUUCUAUGAUGGUUUUGUCUUUUUUGACAUUGUGUUGUUUGUAUUCUAAAUAUCAGUAUUUUCUUAACCUUUGAAACUUGUUUCACUAUUGUUCUGUGAAAGUGUUUCUUAAUGUAACAUUGAAUAAUUUUGAUUGCCUUCUA